AUGCCGAUUGGAAAAAUCGUCAGCGAGCGCGCAAGUGCCAAGCAGUGGGCGCACAUCUACAUUGAGAAAGAAAUACAUAAUAGAGUAAACAACCUUCUAAAUUGCAUAGUGUAUGGCAGAAACAGGGGAGUACUACCUCUCCAGGGGGGGAGGGAGCCUCAUUGUGCAGAUCCGGUCCGCACCCCAGACGACUCAAAUGGGAAAGCCACUUCCAAAUGGAAGUGCUACGAUAAAGUAGCAGUGGAUUUGUUAAAGGAAUAUGUUCGGGCAUUUCACAGGGGGGAAAAAAAAAACCAUCGCCUGAUGGUUUUCCAAAGAGAAAAACUACCCAGUGGAGAGAAAACAGCGGAAGGGAAAGAGCAAAGAGUAAAGGACACAAGCGAAUGUCCGAAUGGGAGAAGCGUGAACCGAGAUGGAGACCAUCCCAUGGUCGCGUUAACAGAACUUACGGACCCAUCAAGGUUAAGCCCAAAACAGACAAGUAGGCACCUAACAGAUAACCCAAACAGGAGAAUCAACACAUCUGUCAGUUUGAAUCACCUACAAUACGUAUGGCUCAAACACACAAUGAUUAUUUUUAAGCUUCUAAUUGGAAGCAACCUGAAGGUAGAGGCAAAAAGAAAAUUUGAAAUGACCACCACAGUGCUGGCUGUACUGAAAAGGACACUUAGGGGUAUGUCGAGGGGGGGUACAGAGCAGGCAAGGACCAGAGUAGAUACCCUCCUUUGUUGGGCUUACCUUCUAUCCAAAAUUGAUAUGGUAGAUAAGGAGCUCAUCAUACAGAUGUGCCAUUUUUUUCAAAACGAGGUGAAGACACUCAGCUCGGCAAACAAGUUCCACCUCCUCAGCUGCAUGAGCAGCUUUCAUUUUUUGUCCAAGAGGUUUCUACGCGUUGGGAAUUACCUGCGGGGGUAUUUUUUCAACUUGCUGAGGGUGGAGAGGGGGCGGCACGCACGGGAGGGGGGCGAGCCGACAUGCGCUCCGGUGUUGCCUGUAAACCGGUCAGAUCAGCCAGCCGCCGCUGCAGCAGCUACGCCAGCCGCUUCGCCAGCCGCUUCACCAACCUGCUGCGCCAGCGAAGUGUGCCAAGUGCUGUUCAAGCAGAAGAAGCACCUGAGCCAUUUGGACCGGACCAUCUUGAAAAACGUGCUGAGGGCGGAAGUGGCCAGCUAUGGGAAGGUGACUCCCCCCUUCUUUAAGCUCCUCGUGAAGUUAGGCGACCGGGAGUUGCAGCGAUUUUUACUCGACCGAAUAAUCGAGCACGUGGAGUUGUAUGAACAGGUGGAGCUGAGCAGCGUGUUGGGCAGCUUCGUCAAAAGGGAGGGGAAAGGGAAGCUAGCGAAGGGGAAGCUAACAAAAGGGGAGAUACACCCGGAAGCGGGGCAGGCAGCGGGGCAGGAAGAAGAGCUCUCCACGCUCGUUCGCAUUUUGCUCGAAGCGGAUUUGCACAGCAUGAACCUGAAGCAUGUGUGCUACUUGUAUGUGUACAUAAAUAGAGCGUUGAAGAAGGAGUUAAGGAGGGCCACCUGUGGGCGUAUGGGAAGGGCCAAGCAGGAGGAGGGUUGCACCCAAAUGGGGCACCCAGCAAGCGAGCAAGGAGCGGACGCCAAUCCGUUUCAGCCGUUUGAGCAAAUCUGCGGAGGGGAGGAUGGUCCUGAAGGGGGUCCUCACAGUGGCGGUCCUUACAGUGGCGACCCCCAAACGGAGAACAUUCGCCUGAUGAACCAAGUGAACGAAAAGAUUAUCCUCACUUUGGCAGAAAAGAUCUACUACCUCAGAGUGAAUAACCUGGUGACCCUGGUGUAUAACACCUGCCCAAUCAUUUCGCCCAAGCAGGCUGCCUUUUUAGAACUCUGCUUUGCUCACCUACUGGAGGAGAACUACUUGACGUUUACUUUGGCCAGAGUGUACCGCUCGCUGUAUCGUCACUUUGUGGGUAGUGGCAUGUGUAAAUCUGAUGGAACCUCAAUCGUUGUGGGCAAGGGGAAGGGCUUAAACUGCUUAAAUUGCUUAAAUCGCGCUGGCAGCCCCUACGGUGAGGGUGCAAACAGCACACUUGCAGCUACAUCACCGUAUGAACAUAAAAUGGAGAAGAUUUGCAGCUACCUGAAGGAAAGGUAUUACCUAAGGAGGGACCAGCACUUGGGGGACAUCAGCAUGUGCACCAUUUUGUUAAACGUUUGCCAGAAGUUUUUGCUAGAACUGCUCGUUUACUCCUUCCACAGGUCGCAGGGGGGGGGGCAAUCCAAGUGGGCGGAGCAGCCACCGGGGAGGGGGCAACCUAGCUGUGGAGGCGCGGCGGCGGUGCUCGAACUCGUCCAGCACAUUUACACACACCUGCACUUUGUGGUUGUGAGUACCCGGGAGGGGGUAGAAGGAAAGGGAGUCCAAGGUGACGGCGAUGGAGGUGGCUACGAAGAUGGGGUCCAUUGCGAUGGAGGUGGCUGUGACGAUGAAGGGGAGCGGAGCCCCCUCCGCCGCGACCAGCUCGAGCUGGCGCUGCUCUACGGGCGUAACAUCGUGAGCCGCAUGGGCGUGUACGUGGACUCGGUGGAGCGCGCCUUUCGGUUCUGGGGCGGCGCUGAUGGAGGAGCUGAUGAAGGCGUUGAUAGCGGCGUUGAUAGCGGCGCGACAGUUGGUCACCUCAACGUUACACCACAUGGGAUUAACCAAAUGAACGACACAGGUGGGAAGUCUAUGCCCAGGGGAAUUCCCCCCGAUGCAGCCCCCCAACACACCCACCAUGAUUUGAAGAAUCAUCCAAUCGAAAUGCAAAAUGUUCGUCACCUGAUGCACUACGUGAGUUAUGUGUGCCUUUGUAUUAGUGAACGAAUGGGCAAAGUUGAGGGGGAGAAAAUAUGGGGAAGGGGGAGUGCAGAUAGAAAAGUCCACUCGGUAGGGAAGGAGGAGAGGAAGGUCCACCCUGGAGUGGCCACACCGCUUCCCCACCAGCGCGUUCGCAAAAAAGAAAACAAUUUGAUUUGCGUAUAA